AUGCUCCUCCGCUCGACAGCGUCACUCGCCCGCCCGUUCCUGGCCCCGGCGACUCUGACAUUCCGCCCGCUGACCCGCCAGGCCCUGAUGCUGCGACGCUCGCCGUUCACCACCCAGUCCUGCCUCCGCGAGGGUCACAAGGGCCAACCAGCAGCGUCCAAAGCGGACGGCAAGGGCAGUGCCGCUGAGGAGUCGAGUGCGCAGAACCCGUCGUUUGAGACCAACUUUGCCGGCCUCGGCUUGAGCCGCGGAAUGAAGAUAUUCCUCAUCGUCGUCGUCGGUAUCUUCGGCACUAUGGAGACCUGGAUGUACUGCAAGGCCAUGUGGAGGUGGUGGAAGGGAGAGGGCAAAAAGGCCGAGUAG